UCGUUUCGCGCCGCGCACAGCUCCCCCUUCCCGAACCGGGCGCGUGGUUCAUUCCAAGCGCCUCUGUCUGCUCAGCGCGAGGUGCGUUUCGUGCUGUCACCUACACCGAGCAGCGCGGUUCGAUCACUCCGCGAGAGCAGCAAAGUGAAUCUCGAGGACGGUGAGAGCAGGGGGGAUCAUCUCGUGCGGGACUGCUUUAUGUUCAGCUGUUAAUGGGAACCCAUCAGCUGUCGGCAGAAACUGUCUCUAAAUCAUCUUGGCCCUUGGCUGCGGGGCCGUGAGCAGCUACCAUGACGUACCCCAACACCAGCAUACUGACAGCCAACUUCAGUGGAGCUCUGGACAGCCAGGACUCCGGGGGAAACAUCUACCGGCCCUUUUCUGUUUUCAGCGUGCUCACUCUUACAUUACUUGCAAUGCUGGUGGUGGCCACGUUCGUGUGGAACCUGCUGGUGCUAGUGACCAUCUUGAGGGUGCGAACGUUCCACCGGGUGCCCCACAACCUUGUGGCGUCCAUGGCCAUCUCCGACGUGAUGGUGGCUGCCCUGGUCAUGCCGCUCAGCCUCGUCCACGAGCUGAACGGGAGGCUGUGGAAGCUGGGCCGCGUGCUCUGCCAGGUGUGGAUCUCCUUCGACGUGCUCUGCUGCACGGCCAGCAUCUGGAACGUGACGGCCAUCGCGCUGGACCGCUACUGGUCCAUCACCCGGCACUUGCAGUACACGCUGAAGACACGGAAAAAGAUCUCCAAUGUGAUGAUCGCGCUCACGUGGCUGCUGUCCUCCAUCAUUUCCCUGUCGCCUCUGUUCGGCUGGGGCGAGACCUACUCAGAGGGGAUGAAGUGCCAGGUGAGCCAGGAGCCGUCCUACACCAUCUUCUCCACCUUCGGGGCAUUUUACCUCCCGCUUUGUGUGGUGCUGUUUGUUUACUGGAAGAUCUACAAGGCUGCCAAGUUUCGGAUUGGCUCCCGCAAGACCAACACAAUAACACCCAUGGCUGAGGUAAAGGAGGAGGCCCAGCAGCCACAGAUGGUGUUUACCGUGCGCCACGCCACCGUGACCUUCCAGACAGACGGGGACACCUGGCGCGAGCAGAAGGAGAAGAAGGCGGCGCUGAUGGUCGGCAUCCUGAUCGGCGUGUUCGUACUCUGCUGGAUUCCCUUCUUCAUCACCGAGCUCAUCGUGCCGCUGUGCUCCUGCGACAUCCCGCCCAUCUGGAAGAGCAUCUUCCUGUGGCUGGGCUACUCCAACUCCUUCUUCAACCCACUCAUAUACACCGCCUUUAAUAAGAACUACAACAACGCCCUGAGGAACCUCUUCUCCCGGCAGCGCUGAGCCACUCCGAGGGGCUCAGCAGACACACUUCACCAGCACGUCGCUCCUCCAGACAGAAAAGGGACUGACCUGUCUGUAUCUGUCACUCCAUCAUCCUUCAGACGGAUGAUAACCAGAAACUGUGUCUGACAAACUGUCUUUAAAAAUGUGUCACUUUUAUUUAUAUUCUGUUUUUGUUUAUCGCCAUCCGGAGGUAGCCCCCACAGCUGGACUGAGACGGGUGUCUGUGUCGCGUCUCCACAAAAGAGUCGAAUAAUAAUUGCUUGCGUUGUCGCAGCAGCCGAUGCAGCGCCGUCGACGUGUUCGGUUCCUUUCUGCCGUUUCACUGCUUAUUAAGGGAGAGUGGAGUGUUAAACUCCCCUCAUAAACAGUUUCAUCAUCAUAUGGGAGGCUGCUGGGAAUGAUUUCAAAGCGGGGCUGGAAGAAAUGUUCGAGGAAAGUCUUUUCAAACCGAACAAAAGGCACCUCAUUAAUAAGCCAAGAACAAAACUGUGCAUUCUUUAUUAAACGAGACAAAAUGCUCGUCACCCCGAAUAACUUUCCAAGCCGAUUUGGUUGCAGAAAACGAAGGAUCGUAGGAAGUGAGAGCUCCGCAGUGAAGUCACAGAAAGUGCUCCUGCGCCGAACACCACGGCUCGGUAAAUGCUCGGUCUCUCCUCCGAUUCCAGUCGGCUUUACACCGAAUCUCUUCGCGCGCACACUUACGCACUCCCAUGCCACAGCAGAAACAUGUAAUUGUUCCCCUCAUCCUCGAAUAGAUUGUUGAUAAACUGUUGCCACGAAUGAUCACCUCUCACACCAAACGCAUACAUCAGACGUGUGCACCCGCUGUGUAAAGCUAUUCGGAGCGUUAUCCUGAAAGAUUCUGUCGCCAUGGAAGUCGGCAGGAAUUAAACUGGAGGAUAUAAAAUACAGGCAUUUGUUGCUUCAAUGAGACAUGCAUGUUUUAUAAGUGGUGCACUGUAGUAGAAGUUGUACGGGAGUAAGAGAAGCUAACGUUCACCGAUACAAACGUCCCUGAUGAGCUACACACACAAAACGGCUGCAUCAGUUGCUCUAAUGUUUUUUAAUUGUGGGUCUUCAUCAGCUUUUUUAUGGCUCCGCCUGUUUCCUGUUCACACCGCCACUCUCUGCCGAAAGUGGUUUUUUUUUACCCUGUAGAUUCAAGAAGUGAGCCUUUAUUUUGUUGUGUGAUGUUUUCUGUAGUGUGAAGAAUCGGUGAUCCUCAGCAAAACCGUUGUGCCGGGAGCUUCUUUCUCUCCUUUGGGGGGGCGGUAGGGAGGAGAUUAAAGGUCCAUUCUGAAUGAUUUAGUGGUAUGUAGCCUUGCGGUUGCGCGAGCUGAAAAGCCCGGUCUCACCGUCCUCCACAGUGGCCACAGAAGCAACACGUCCUCACACCAAAAAUAAUCUGAAUAGGUCGAUAGUCAGUUGCGCACAGAAUGACAUACACCACUCCAAAUUAGUUAGGGAUGUUGGGAUAUGGGAACAUGUGCAUGGAUAUGCAACAAAAGUGGGUCAAGCGUAAUGCUAAAAUACACCUAAAAAACAAAGCUUGCCUUGUCUGACUUCCUCCUUUGCUGCUAAUUAAUUACUAUGGCCACUUGAGGUUGCUGCCUGACAUGAACGUUCAGUACUGUUUGUAAAAGGCUGCUUUCUCAGCCAACCUAUGUGGUGUUUCUCUGAUGAGGACGGUCUUGCCAAAAAUGGGAAAGACGUAGCAAUCUAUACACUAAUAUAAACAUGUAGAUGAAUAUCAUAUAUCCCAUUUCUGCCAUUAAACCCUUCUUAAUCUGACACACUGGACCUUUAAAGGGAUAGUCCGGUCUUUUGACAGGGGGUUGUAUGAGGUGCUUAUCCUUAGUCAGUGUACUACCUGCAGUAGCUGCCUGUCAGCGUUGUGUGGUGAGACAGCACGUAGCCACGAUAGCUUUAUGCUGCCUUCAAACAGCCUUUUGAUAGGAAUACGGACGUUGUCAGUUGAGGGAAUGCAGUGCCAGAGGAACUACAUAGCACACUAUACACUUAAACAGAUCUAUAUUUUUUAGGUAGGACUUAUUUUAGGUGGCUAAAAUCUGUGUUGCUGCUGGUUCGGUUUACAGAACAUCAAAAGACCCGAACUGUCCCUUUAAGGCUGAUUGGAACGUUAUUAGAAACUUUGACUUAGUGAAAGUGGCAUAGGAAAAGUCUGGGGUUCACAAAAGUUAUGACACGUGUUCCUGAGGGGGGACAUGAAUGUCUCUGCUAAUUUCACGGUGAUUCCUUUACUGAAAAAUAAACUUUCAAGCUCCUGAUGGUGCCGGAGGAAAGAACCACGGGAAUCAGUUUCAAAUUUUCUGUUGUUGAGACAUUUCUCUAAAAAACAAAACUGUCCACCUCCUCGUGGCACUGGAGGAUCAGACAGAGGAUCACUGACAUCAGUAGGAUUCAUCAUCUGUGAACCACUUAGUGUCCGUUCAACAUUUGUGCCGAUCUUGUAGAUCAACUCGUAGACGUAGAGAUACGCAGACUUUUGCCUGUGGGUGGUGCUUCAUGGAAAUUUCGUGGGAAUCCAAUAGUAUCCACUGGUUGUCAAGCUAUUGCAGGAAUAAAGUGAUGCAUCAAUCAUCUGGCUCCGUCAUCCCAUGUCAGAAGCAUUGCUAAGAAAAAUUAAAUGGAAUAUAUUGAAGAUGCUGCAAUGAUGUUGCAAUGCUGAAAUUGGGUGUUUCAGCUCAUGAUAAGAGAUAAAUAGUUUUCACAUCAACAAUAUGUGGCUUUACAGACCCCACCCCCAUCACAGCAGUUUGCAAUAUAGUUACAGAAUGUAAUCUGUAGGAUUACAAAUUUAAAUUCAGGUAUGAAAUUCUGUAGAAUCAGUUUGGUGAUUUCCCAAACUGCUGUGAUACUGUGUCGGGCUUUAACACUAUAGAUUUUUUUCACCCAGUUCUGUACACAAAGAUCUGUCAGACAAUAGAAGUGGUAAAUCUGUUUCACUUAAUUAAAAGUCAUGACCUGAACCUUCCACCUUGACCAAUUUUUUUCAUUUUAUUCAUGUAGUAAAUAGCCUCAACAGAAAAAGAUAAAUCAUUUGGGCUAUGAUACAUUAUCAGCGUGAAUGAAAGGAACAGAAAUAUGUGUGAAAAAAUAAAUAAACAUAGUCCACUAGUUGUUAUGGUUGUUCCAGUGAUGACAGUAUUCUGUGGUGAACAGUGAAAUGCAUGAACUAUCGACAGGAAAAAAUAAAUGAUAGCGCCGGGGAAACUUGUCUGUUCUCUCUCUCCGCGCCUCUGUCGUGUAUUAAUCGACUCGGGCCGACGCUGUGUUGCAAGAUUCACUUAUUUAAAUGACUCCUCGCUCGCUCUCCACAUCGCCUGAGGAUGGUUGAUUAUUCACCCUUUGCCCGUCUUGUUCUGUGUGAUGACUCUGCUCAGGAAAUGCAAAGUAUUGCAGUUAUGCGCUGUUGUAACACCCCGUCCCUGUUUCCAUUUUUCAUGUCCAUGAGACGUAAACAAAUGUGGGCAAUUACCUCUCUUUGGGAGCACUCGUUGGAAGUCCUCACUUGUAAAACAAACAUGAAAGUGUUGGAAUUUUUCAUGGUGUAUCAUGUGUAAUUGUGUCAGUGUUUUGUUUUGUUUUUUCAAUGUGUGCAUGUUUUCGUCCAGAGGAGCCCUUGGAUGAUAAAACUGA